UGUGUUUUGUGGCUGUCGUUAGAUUUCACCUUCACUCCGUCAGUCAUUUACACUCUCUCAACCCAAGUCAAAAAAAGUCACUCCAUCUUUCUCUCUCUCUUCCCCCUUCUUCCCAUGAACACCAAGAAGCUCUAGGGUUUUUUCCCCCAAAAUCUAGGGUUUUUGCAUCUUCCAUUCCCUCCCCAAAACCCCCAUUUCUUCUCCAAAAAUCACUCUUUCUCUAUCUGCCCUUCAUUUCUCUCUCACAUCAAUGGCGAAAACUCGCCCAGGAAAGCGAGACCUUGAUUCAUACACCAUUAAAGGCACCAACAAAGUUGUCCGAGUUGGAGAUUGUGUUUUGAUGAGACCUGCUGAUGUGGGUAAACCACCAUAUGUUGCACGCGUUGAAAAGAUUGAAGCUGAUAGCAGGAACAAUGUGAAAGUUAGGGUGAGAUGGUAUUAUAGACCUGAAGAAUCUAUGGGUGGAAGAAGACAGUUUCAUGGUGCAAAAGAAUUGUUCUUAUCUGACCAUCAUGAUGUACAGAGUGCUCAUACAAUUGAAGGGAAGUGUACUGUGCAUUCAUUUAAGAACUACACUAAGCUUGAGAAUGUUGGGGCUGAUGAUUACUUUUGUCGAUUCGAAUAUAAGGCUGCCACUGGUGCUUUCACUCCGGACCGCGUUGCUGUGUAUUGCAAGUGCGAAAUGCCGUAUAAUCCGGAUGAUCUUAUGGUGCAAUGUGAGGGCUGUAAGGACUGGUUCCAUCCUUCUUGCAUGGGCAUGACAAUUGAAGAAGCAAAGAAGUUGGAUCACUUUUUAUGCUCUGAUUGUGUAGCUGAAGAUGAUCCUAAGAAAGGAGGCAGCACCUUCUCUGUAUCACCACUGGCUGAUGGCAAGUUCAGGAAGAGGCUGUCAUCUGCUUCUAAUCUUGAUCAUAUGGUUUAUGGUUAUUGUUGGAAAGUGGCUCUCUACGUUAUGCUGUGGGUAACUUUGUUUAUGCAAGAAACAGGGAAUCUUUGGGGAUUGGGCAAUGAAGAGUACAAGAUUCAAUUACAUUUUCUGUUAUGCCUGAUAAUAAGCGGAGGAAGCGAUAAGAUCUUAAAGGUGAUUUGCAAACCCGGAGUUUGGCGAUGGCUUACUCUUGCAGAGCUUUGAAGUAGUCACCUUGUAGAACUAACUGUGUUGUGAGAGGUUGUAUUGUCAACUGUGAAACCUUAAAGCCAUGCUUGUGCUUCAAAACUACUGGGGCUGUAAUUUCCUGUGUGCUGUGCCCCCUGAGGCGAUGCAUGUAUGACUUCUCUGUAAUUUAAAACCCUGUGCAGAAAAGAUUAUUUAGUUCUAGCCAUGGUUCGGUUUGAUCACUUUCGGGGCUCGAUUUCCCUGAUAGCUGCCAGUAGUACCAAAGCCGUCUUUCUGAUGGGGCGUCAUACGACUAUGUUGUCUUUUAUCAUUUAAAGAACGGUGAAGUUCAGCCUUAGUUCGGUAAGGUUUUUGGUUAUGUCCCAGCCUGCAGGUACUGUUGCCUGGAGGAUAGAUAUAUUUAGGCAUAAAUGUAUAAAUGAAGCUCUCCAGUUUUAGACAGUAAUCUGGGCAGAUGAUUCCUUAUAUGAUUCCUUUCUGAAUAUAUCAGUUCUGAUUCCUGCUUC